GCAGGGCGAUGACGUAGCCGGGGGUCGGCCAGCGCCGGGGAUGGAGGAGAAGGAGCAACUGCGGCGUCAGAUCCGCCUGCUGCAGGGUCUCAUAAAUGACCAUAAAAACAUCCAUGGAAAUGCACCAGUUCCCCCGCCCUCCAGGACUCCAGGGUGGAGAAAUCCCAGGCAGACUGCCUUCAACAGUCAGGAAGCAUUCUCUGCAAGAUAUUCUCAGCAAGCUCCGAGGGAUUUCCAAUCACAUCAAGGUAACUCCUGGAGGAAAAAAUACUCCCUUGUAAACAGACCGCCUGCACGAACACAUCAUCCUGGAAGCAGUGCAUCUGCUAACGCACUUCAGGCUUUUGUGAGCCAAAGGAAUAGCCAGCCUCCGGGGCCACAGGGAACAGGCUCGGAAAGACAAGUGGGCUUAGCAACAGGUGAUAUAGUCGUAGGAGUCAAACUGCCACAGAAGACUAGCUCAGCCUUGGACAAUAGAAAUGUUAGUGAGUUGGCAUCCCAGCAGGGUUCCUCUGGGAUGAAAGCAGCCAUAGCUGCUCCAAAAGGAAGUGAAAAGGUCCAUGAAAGUUCUAGCUUUCAAAGUGUUGCUCAAAAAGAGGACAAAGAAUCGUCUCUCUCUGUCUCCCAGAGUUCAUUGCACCAACCUGCUGGUGCUGGAGGCAGAGAUGACGUAAGCCCAGCAUGUGCGAAGGAACUGGGCAAACUUCGGACUGUGAAACUGGCUAAAAGUGCUACUGAGUUACGUGACGUUAUCAGUGAAAGUGCCAUAGCAUUAAAAUCCAAGCCUCAACAGCCUUCAGCUCUGUCUGAUCGAGAAUCAGGCGGGCUGCUAGCCUGGAAGAAGCCAGUAGCACAGGUUCCAGCUCACUGUAGUUCAGAGCAAGUCACGGCAGGAAGAGAUACUUUGAAGGAGCCAAAGACCCUUGGAAAAUCUGAGGCACGCACAAACUCAAUUCAGGCUGUGACUUCAGAGGUUGGGAUAAACCCAGUGAAGAACCAGUUUGCAAUACCACACAAGCUGUCCAGUUUCCAAAGACCUGCCUCGACGCCAGUCUCCAGUAAAGCUUCUAAGUUCAGGAAAACCAACUAUACAUGGAUAGCAAAUCCUAGUAAAUGCCCCCGUGCUGUAAAGAGAUGGACCAGCCCUAGAGCUUCUGAAAGCACUAGGAAGCUUUCUGUGGGAGCAGAGAGAACUGCUAAACCACUGCCAAAGGGAGACUUAGGAGCAAAGCAGAAGAAAUCCGGAGUGCAUUUGAAGCUGGAUGCCUCUCCUAGUAAAUACAAAUGGAAAGCAUCCAGCCUACAGCCAUCUUCUUCAACUUCCAAGUCAGUGUUCAGGUGGCAGUCUGAGGGACGAAAGGAGGCUGGAGUCUCCCAGGCUUGCAGAGCCAACUUUGGCCUUCAGACUCUAAGCAACGCAUCCGUCGGUCAUGAUGGGUUGAAGUCAUCUUUCAACGAUGCUGCACUUUCCACUUAUAAAGUGAAGAGCCGGACCAAAAUCAUCAGGAGAAAGGGGAGUUGCUGUUCCCCAACAGAUAAGAAGAACAACUCCUUUCCCACGAUGCCCCUGAAAAGCCACUACUCUCUCAGGAAAAGAAACUCCCUGCGGGGAAGACCUGCACCACUGAAGAGAGCCCUGCCCAAGGAGCUGGUGCAGAUCACCAAGCACAGGCUAUGCCGACUGCCAGCCUCUAGAAUGCACAUCCCAGCCAAAGAAGGGUCCAGCUUGCACCUUGUAAGGAGCCCUGUGGCUAAUAAAGUAGUACAGACUCGCUAUAGGAUAGUGAAGAAGACUGUGGCUUCACCUUCAAGUUCGUCGUCAUUCUUCAGCAUUCCUGUUCCCAGCUGGAAGACAAGGCGACUUGUGACAUCUAGGUCUCUGGUAUUAAACCAAAUGCGCCAGUCACCCCUGGGCAGCAAAUCCCAGCAGCUGCAGCCAAGAUGGAGGAACAGAGGCUUUUGCUGUAUAGGAGGCGUGAUGUACACAGUGUCAGCCAAUAAGCUCUCCAAAACCUCCAGCUCCCCAGUCAGGGGUGGCGACCUGAGCAACAAGCUCCACAGUAGAACAGCAAGGUUGGAUUGUACAGCCGGCAGCCUCGGUUAUUCUCCUCCCAGCUGUCUGCACAGAUCAGCUACAAGCCGAUACAUUGCAAGCCGAGCUGUUCAGCGGAGUUUAGCCAUCAUUCGUCAGGCCAAACAGAAGAAAGUGAAGGAGUAUUGUAUGUACUACAACCGCUUUGGCAAAUGUAACCGUGGGGAGAGCUGUCCCUACAUCCAUGAUCCGGAAAAAGUAGCUGUCUGCACCAGAUUUCUCCGUGGCACAUGCAAGAAGACUGAUGGGACAUGUUCAUUUUCACACAAAGUUUCUAAAGAUAAGAUGCCAGUGUGCUCAUACUUCCUGAAAGGAAUCUGCAACAACAGCGACUGCCCCUACAGCCACGUCUACGUGUCCAGGAAAGCUGAAGUGUGCCAGGAUUUCCUCAAAGGCUACUGCCCCCUGGGCGAAAAGUGCAAGAAGAAACACACACUGGUGUGCCCAGACUUUUCCAAGACCGGCAUCUGUCCAAAGGGCACCCAGUGCAAACUCCAGCAUCCCCAGAGAAAGCAUCACCUCAGACAGCCCAGUACCGCAGGUGACUCCAACCAGGGCAGGUCAUCGCCGAAGUGGAAGAGGCUGGGAGAGGAGGCAGUGAGGAGGGAUGCAGCCAACCUCCAGGAUGAUGGGGAGAUUCCCGGACCCUCCAGCGCAGAGCAGGGGGUAAAGCUUUGGAGUGACACAGACACCCCAGCAUGCAGCAGACUUCAGAAGCUCCCAUCUUUCAUCUCUCUCCAGUCACCUACCUCUCCAAGUGCGGUGGCAUGCACAGCUGACAGAGACAAGACAGGGGAGGAUACAGGGAAGCCUCUGCAGAUCAAGCCCAGGCUGUGAGGUCAGCUGCCUGGAUUCAGCAUCUCUCCCGCCCACCUCAUGCACUGGUCCAUCCAACCAUCCAGCAGCCGAACGCCUCAGGAAACACAGCGGCCAGGCCGGGCCCGGCACCUACCUCAGGACAGCAAGACAGGAGGAGGCCUCCUCCUGAUUUGUGUUCCAUUUCGAUACGUUCAUUUGACCCUGAACCUGGUAACAGUAAAUGUCCCAGAUUCCCCCAGCCCCGUCUUGCAGGGAGGCAGCUUUGUAAGCAUUUUAAUUUUGGAAUAAAUGAUCUUUUAAUCUGGUUUAUUUAAAACAAACCCCUUCCCAAGCCCCUGUUUAGCUUCAGCUUGCCCGAUCAUUCUUGAGUUACCCGGGUUCUUGGUGCCGUGUUUGGAGCUUUGCAGUUGCCGUAAUUCUCCUCACAGAGAUUUGAGGAAGGGACAGGAGUUAAAGAAACCUAACUCUGUUUCUCUUUAUUGCCAGGAAGCCGCAUUGCCCAGUUGGGUAUAUUUCAAUAGCACUGUCUGUUAGUGGGAAAUUAUACUGCAUGAUGAGAAGCUGGAGAACUUCAGCCAGCCAAGAAGUACAGCAAUUGCCUAGAAAUGAGGAUGUGAGCUUCUUACAAUCGUCAGGAUAGGAAUUUAUUUUAGGGGUGAGGGGUGUGCAAGGGGGCUGUGGCUUCCUGUAGCCAUGUGCUUAAGGGAUGUGUGUGACCCAAACAGAACAGCCAUAUGAGGUGAGCUCCAAAGCCAUUUCAGAGAAACAGUUAUGCUCUUGUGCCAAGAAAUUGUGUGUAGGUGGGGGAGGAGCGGGGAAGGAAGCAUUUCUGAAUUGAUAUGCAAGCUCCCUAAUAUCUAAUGCACGCAGAGGAGUCUGUUUGCUAGUGAUUUGUCUGCAGGUGAUGGGGCCCAAGAAAAUCCUGUGAUCCUGCAAUGUGUGAUGGGGCUUUGCAGGGCGAUCAUCUUCCCCCCAUCCCGGUACCCCUCCAAGAGGAGAGGAGACCACAAGGGAUGCGGUGAGACUAAGAGGACAAGAGGUGAAGUCUGUAGACAGCACAGUGGGUUCCAUGCUGCUGCUUUCAGUGAGCACUGCCUUGUGAUCCCGCUGCUUUCCCCGCCUGUAUCUGGUUCAUGCAAAGAGACGAGGAAUGCAAUCUGAUUCAGUAUUCCAGGGAAAAACACUAGGCUUGUGAAAGCUAAGGAUGACAGAGUAUCUAGUUGGGAAAGAGCGAGGAGCCGAGGACUCUGAAUUAGACAUUUGUUAAUGGUAGUUUCUCCUCUUCUCCACUGUGGCAAUAGCAGGAUGCAAGAAGACAGGCGCAUAUAGAGCGUAGGCCUCCCACGUAGGAUUUAGUGCCCUUCUCAACGCGGGCUGAAUUCCAGCUCCUUCAGUUCAGGUCCUGGGAAAAUAACCUGUUUUCUUGGUUUAGAAGCCAGCAUUCUCUGAUGAUCUGCCAGGUUCAUAGAAUGAUUGUUUAGUGCAUCAGAGAUGCUGUCUGCUUAGUUCCCAAAUGUACAGGCCAAAUGCCUUCCUGGAUAAAUCCACCUCCACCCCCGGGGGGCGUUUGUAAUAUUCAGAACUCCUUGGUUGCUUUAUUUUUAACUGGUGUGUUUACAGUAGGUCAGACUCGAAUGAAAUGGAGCCCCAGUGAUGUGCUCGGAGAUGAUAUAAACACAACAAGCAUUUGGUUUGAAUCUAGAGCUGACCCAAACCAGACCCCCAGAGCCGAACACCUGUACACCAGCUCUGCCUUUUACAGAUACCCCAAACUUGGGAACAUUCCAAAUCCAAAGUGUGAUCUGGGUCUGACUUUCACUCUCUUUAAAUGGGUCCACCCAGAGCACAGCUUUAGAGCAUUCAGAAUCCGGAUCCAGACGUAGCAGCCUCCACCUGUCUCUAGUUAAAACCAGACACAUUUGCUAAACCAGUUUGCAACUUCUCAGCAUGCGUAAUAUGGCACUAAAUCGCUUGGUGCUGACACAGUUUAUGUCUUGUAUCCCUCUUGCCCCCAAGGAGAUGCCCUGGAGCUGGGAUAAAGGCACGGUUAUCACAUGUCAAUUCCUUUCUCUCUCACGAGGUCUGAUCGUCCAACAGCAGCACCCUCCUGGAGGAUGUUAGUUACUCACCACGGUAGCAUCUCUCAGUCACUUUGCAUAUCAAGCCAGCUGCCAUGGAGUUUGAUUGAAAUUUUUGCAGUGAGCAGUGAAAUUUUCCCCCUUCUGUGAAUCUGCCUGGCUCAUCUCCUCCUUUCACCACAGAGCAACAAGCUAAUAAAAGAUUGAUUGUAACUAUAAUUGCAAUCUGCCGAGGUCGGCAUUUCCUCCCGGCUCCUCGCUGCACUGAGGGACAGAGGGAGCAUGAGGGGGGUCGUUAGCAAACACCCAGUUGAUUGGGCUGUUUUUAUUCCCCCCACUCCGUUUCUUUAUCUCCGUGAUUUAGCAUCCUGUCGGUGUGUGUUCCCGAAGAGCCAAGGAGUGCUGGCCGGGCAACUUACCGAGGGCGUUGCACAUGCAGAACUGCAGGUUUUCUCUUUUUUGUCUCCAUCAUUUUAAACUUUAGGGGAUGGAGGUGAGUUUUACUGGGUGUCACUAAGUUUCCAUGGAUAGCUCCAGAAAUUCCCAUCAGAUUGAGCUUGCAAAAAGCACUGAGAACUCCAUAAGGAGUCCCAGUGACAUAACAUACUUUGCAGUGAAGCCAAGGAGAUCCAUACAGGACACGUCACAUCAUGGGAGUGCUAGGACCUCAAGAUCGAAAGCAUCUACAGCAGCCAGGAAGAUCCCCAGUAAGACUUCAGACUCAGGGAAUGGUCAGUAAGAACGUUGCUUUGGUGGGGUUCCCUGGAAUUAGGUCAGAGAAUAGUCUAAGCAUUCGGUCAUAGUGAACCUUAGGGCCAGAUUUGUCUCUUGGUCACUCCUAUGCAAGACAAUGCGGGCUGAAUGGGAAUAUCUGAAGACAAACUUUGGCCAUCAUUGCUGCUCGGGAGAUAGAGGCUGGAGAAGUAAAUAUUAUCAAGGCAAAUUCACCUUAUGGCCAGGAACCAGCCUCAGUUUCUCCAUUAGAUCUUCCUGACGUGGGGAGAUACAGAGGGUACAGGGCAAAGGAAAAUCCUGAACUAAGAGGUCCCAGGAAAGAUCAAGAGGGCCUGUCUCCUUCCAAACUCCUCCCACUUCUGGUAGGAUGUCAUAGUUAUUAGCUUGGUAUCAUUAACUGGAAGUCUGGGGUAGGUGGUGAUGAUGGUUUCACAUCACGUAGCUGGUUCAGUUCUCAUUCCUCAGAUGGGCAGCAGCCGGCGACACACACAAUGGGAGGUUAGCAAAAUCUCUCACCCUUGCGCCUGCCAAAAGCAUACAGACUGCUGUGUGUCAAUAAAACCCAGACAGGUAUACGUGCCGACCGAGUGCUGCCUAACUUACUGCAUAUCCAGGAAGCAAACUGUAUCAUCCCAGUGUUGCCAGCAUGCCCCCCAUUGAAGCCCCUGGAUUGCAAGGUCUGCAUGUUUAUCAGCGGAAGGGAAGAAAUCAGAGUUAGUGUGUGAACUCUGAAAUCCAACAGCCAGGCACUUUUUAUUUUCAAGGUCUUUUGGCAACAUAUUUCCCUGGGGGAGCCGUGCUCUCAGAUGCAGCAUCCUUGGGUUCACAGUGACGGGCGAAGGGCCUGUAAUUUAUUCUCUUGGGGACAGUGAACUGCCAGAUGAAUCACCCUCAGGUUUGCAGUGGUUGCAGAGUGGUCUGUAAUGUCUCUGUCUCUUGCCACUAAGGUUUCAACUGCUUUUUACCCCAUUUUCUUGCAGGGGCGACAGAUGCUAGGAGGCCGAGUGAAACUGAGGUCUUAGUAAGUCAGUAGCUGGUUGAGGUUAGAUCCAGGGAAGUUUCCUGCCUUGUAUAUUUUAUAGCCAGCUGUUGUAUGUUCUGUGCCGUAGAGACUUUCUUGACCCUGCUCGUGUUACAAGUCCCUGCCUGGACAGUGCUUGUCUCUCUAGUGUGACUCUGCUCUGUGGUGUUCUCCUUCCUUGACUUUGUCAGAUAAGGAUCAUGGCUGUCCCGAUCUGUCCAUGCCUCCCUGUAACAGCCAUGCGACACGUUACCCAUGAAUCAGCAUCGCUGAGACAUACGUCUAGAAAGGUUUGACCCUGCUGGUGCGCCAUCCAGGCCAAGCUACCACUCCGGGCCCCUGCCUAUCUCAGCCAUUCAUUUGCUCUGCUCCAGGGUAGGAUGACGUAAGUUUAAUGAUGCUCUUUAGGGCUUGAUCCUGCAAGGGUCUGAGCACCCUUUGACUUCUGGUGAUGGCCUUCACAUGUGGUGCUCCCCACCUUCCACACCAGUCCCAGGGUCUGCUCUAGUUCCCUGCCCUCAUCUGUGGCAGCGGGAAUUGUGGGCCUGUUCGAUCCCUUGGGGAUCAAUUCAGUUCAGGUGUUGGGGUGGGGACUGGCUCGUUCCUCUGCCAGGGCUUGGGAUGGAGUUACUAUCCUGUAACCGUAUCGUUCUCUUUGGCACUUGAUGUUAACAUCACUGUAUUUACUGCCAGGGCAGGACUGAGAUUCCUGUAGGGGGGAAAUGAAAUAUGCAGAGGCUUGGAAAACUAGUAGCCCAGAGAGCUUCUGACUUUUCAAAGUACCAACUGCCACUCUGAAACUUCCAGGAAGAAGCGUUUCUUUAAGGGGGCUGAGGCUAAUUGUUUAUAGGGUGUGAGUUACACUGCAGGAUUUGUUCCAGGAGGGACUGACAGUGUGUCGCUCAACUGCCCAGCGUAUCAGCUCUCGGAUCAUGUCCAUUCACUGGCACGAAGUACAACCACAGCUGCCAUGUAACUAAUUUCCAAACCUGAAUGCUUUGGCACACAUUGCUGCUAUCUUCGUGGGCCUGCUCUGUGCUCCGUAGAGGCAGGGAAGGGAGCAUGGUCCAGUGGUUAGGGCAGGUCACUGGGAGUCCAGAUAGCUGGGUUCUAUUCCCACUUCUGACUUGGGCACGUGACCCCUCAGUUUCCCCAUUGUGAUGUUACACACCUUUGUGAAACACGGGGACAUCGACAGCACUAAAUUCAACCAUUUGGGACUCUCAAAAAUUCUGUGAUUGCUGUACACCUGCCACGCGUACCCCGCUGCAUCCUUGGUUUGAGUGAGACAACCCAUCUAGGCAUUGUUACACCUCAGCCCCUCACACAAGGGCUCUUUCAUCCGAGGGCAAUGAGCCCAGCACCCUGCUGCUGCCUUGCUGAUGGUGCAGUCUGUCACCGCACGGCGUUUAAAAAGACAUGGGAACACUGCGCAGAAGAUUCUUGAGUGCUUUACAGUUAUUCAUGAACCCACCCUUGAUCAUGCCGUGUAUUAUAAGCCACCAAGGAGGGUCAUGCUCAAAGGUUGCCUUCGGAUAACACAGCCCACCUAGCUCCCGCCCUCAAAAGCGAAUGCCAUGCUCCCUCCCCGGUGAACUGUGACACUGAAAUGAAAGCCAGAGAUGACUCCAGCUUUCUGUGCUACACUCGCCUGCUGAUCCAGGCAGGCAACGGGUAAAUGACUUCCAAUUUCCCCCUUAAAAAGAUGUCCUUCCUCCCUGGGUACGUCUAUGCAGCAGCUACACACCCGCGGCUGGCUUGUGCCAGGCGGCUUGAGCUCGGACUGUGGGGCUGUUUCACUGCUGUGGAGACAUCUGGGCUCGGGCUGGAGCCUGGGCUGCAGAAAACAGCCCCGCAGCCCAAGUCAGCUGGUGGAGACCAGCUGCGCGUUUUCCUUGCUGUGUAGACAUACCUUGUGAGAGCCGCUUGGCGUGUCCUAGUUUGCUAAGGAGCACCAAGGUUGCGGGGAGGGCUGGUCCGGAAGAUCUUUAGCAAACAGGGGAGAGACGGCAGAUUUCAGAGGGGCGAAGGCACCUUAAAAAGGCUAAAUUUCAGCCAAGCUUACUUUGAGGCUGCCCGCUCUCUCCUUCCACGCAGUCUGGUUGUGGGGAGGGGGGAGGGCUGCUCCUCGGGGCCGUGGGUAAACGAAUGGGAGCGAACCUCCGAUGUAAGCUCUGAAGGCUGCAGUCAACUCCCUGCCGCUGCUCCUCAUUCCCGUGCCAGUGGGAAGUAUCUUGAGCAUCCUCCGAAUCAGGCAGCCCCAACGACUACACUUCUCAGGCCGGCUCCUCGGCACAGCUAGACGCAUUGACACCAGCUAGAGAUCCAGUGUCCAUUUGGCUCUUAGAGUGUUUAAGCAGCCCAGCCUUAUCCUGCUGCUUUGUUUCAAGGGAGUGGAGGAAGUUAGGCCAGGCCCUUACUAGAGAUGCAAUUAUGUCUAACUGAACUAGCAGGCCUGGGAACGUAGUGCCAGUCAGUGUGAAGCGUUUGCCCUCGAUGUCUAUAUGCAUCCUACCGCUUGCAGAAUCAAGAGGAGCCAGAGCACUGACUUGGGCAGCAUAGGGUUUAAGGCAGCAGUAACAGGCUUCUGAACCACGAGAAUCGGUGUCCAUCACCGCUGGGGUGAUGUUCCUUGGAAGAGCCAUGAGACGAAGUAUGUUCAAAAUUACCUUUCGCCUUGGGUCUCUGUGCUCCUGUUGGGCUUUGUUUGGUGUGAAACUCUUAGCUGUGUUUUAAAGGAAGCUAUUUUAAUAAAGAAUUCCAUAGUUUCUGUUGAUACUAAAUGGCUUUUGUUAAUUGGUGCUUUUUGAUAUUUAAAUAAAGGUGAAUGAAGAGUUUGUGCAACAAA